AUGUCCUCCAACCACGCCUCCCUAGAUGCAGCUGCCAACGAUCGCAAAGCCCGCCUGGCUAAGCUCGCUGCACUCAAGCGCAAGCAACCCGAGCCCGAAGAACCAUAUGUCGCCGACUCCAAUGGCGAGAGCACAGAUCAAGCCACUUCAGAUAUCACGAAAAAGUUUCUUUCAGGCAGGAAUUACGAUGCAGAGACACGCGGGCCAAAGCUAGGCUUUGAGCAAGGGCCGCAAGAAGGCAAAGUCACAGUGGAAGCCCAAGCCGCGGAGAUCGCGGAGACUGUCAAAGAGCAAGCACAAAAAGAUGAGGAAGCCGAUCAACCAAUCGACCUCUUCAAACUACAGCCCAAGAAGCCUAAUUGGGAUCUUCGACGCGAUCUGGACGAAAAGCUGAAGAUUUUGAACGUGCGAACGGAAAACGCUAUUGCUCGCCUCGUACGGCAACGGAUAGAGAAUGCGCAACGCGCGGCCAAGGAGCGAGGCUCCAAAUCCACCGGGGAUGAAGAGGGCGAGGAGGUCGGUAUCGAGGGUGACGCUUUGGUCGAGGGCAUUCAUAUGCGAGAGCAAGAAGUCAAUAAUGAUGAGGACACGAUUUGA